CACCUUUCUGUAGACGGGUGGCAACUGGCAACUGGCAUGCGAAGUGUCUUUGUAAAUUACGUGCAUUUGUAUAAUCAAAAAUGUUUUUUUAUUUUUAUUAGCUUGUGCAUUGUGAAAUUAAAGUAAAAUCUAAUCAUGUGUUAUUGAAUUGAAACGUCGGAGUAAUGAAAAUACAAAAAAGGACGUAGGUUCGGAAAAAAUCGGUGCUUUACAGAAAUGUUAUUUUUCUGGGGACAAAUUCACCGAUCCUCAAAAUGUGUUUCAAAAUUGGCACAAUAAUAUUUUGCACAUUUUUCAUAUUUGUGACUUCUACGCACAUAAAAGGGGAGUUUUCAACAAAUGAUUUUUUCAAGUUCCUAGUGAAAUUUGGCUUCCAGAAGACAGAUAUUCAUUAUCAAAAGGAAACAUAUGGAUAUAUUUUCGGGAACAUUACCGCGGAUGUUCCUUUCAAAUAUCCCAUAACAUUUGCUGUUUUAGACAGAAGCCACUUUUUACACUAUUAUAAGAGCCGGGAUAUCAUUGAUAAAGAGCUAGCAUGUCAGGUUAUGUUUCAAAAUCUGAAUGGAACAGCUUACCAUCCCAAAUGUAACGCCUACGGCCAAGAUCUAUUUAGAAGAAUUCCAUGUCCUAAAGGUGGGCUAUGUGUAGAUGAAGACACACCUUGGAAUGUGAUAAAGAAGAAUCAAUUUACAUAUGUUAUCCAAAACUCAGGGCAGCCAAGGUUUUGGUAUGUAUCAAUGGUAUCCUGUUACCUUGAUGAAGUAACUUGUACAUGGCAUCACUACACUGGAGCACCUUCGUCAGACAACAAAACCCUAACAAAUAUACCACAGAUUAUAAACUAUGAUUUUUGGCUGGUCAAUGGAAGUCCAAAUUUAUCAUUUUACAAUACACUGCUGUACCAGUUCUCAUUUGACAGACAGAACACUUUAGAAUUGUAUCUGGUGUUCUGGCUAUGCUAUAUAAUCCUAUUACCUGUCCAGAUAUAUGCAGUCAGAACACAAAAGCACCCUGUGACUAAGUUGUUUACAUUCAGUCUUGUUCUGGAGUUCAUUGCCUUGUGCUUCAAUGUGCUACAUACGGUGAAAUUUGCUGUGGAUGGUGUAGGGUUUGCUGGGCUUGCUGCAGCUGGGGAUAUCUUGGAUAUCAUGAGCAGAACACUUUUCAUGUUGCUCCUACUUUUGUUGGCAAAAGGUUGGGCAGUGACUAGGCUGGAGCUCACAUACAAACCAUUGGUUUUUGGAGUUUGGCUGGCUUAUGGAAUAGUACAUAUUCUACUGUAUGUGUGGAAUACUACUGAAGUGGAUAUAAUAGAAGAAAUAGAUGAAUACCAGACAUGGCCUGGUUGGUUGAUCCUGGCUCUUCGAGUAGCAAUCAUGACUUGGUUCGUACUUGAACUACGGUAUACAAUGAUGUAUGAACACAACAUGCCAAAACUUAAUUUCUUACUACACUUUGGCGCUUCAAGCCUUGUGUGGUUUGUUUACUUGCCGAUUAUAGCGCUUAUUGCGCUACAGAUCAGCCCUCUAUGGAGGUUCAAGUUUUUAUUAGGGAUCACAUAUUCAGCGGAUUGCCUCGCUUUUUGUGUGAUGGCGCACUUACUGUGGCCGACACGCUCAGAACAGUACUUAUUACUAGCGCCCUCUGAUUAUACAGCGGGCAUAGAAGAACUAGACGAAUUUAACGAAUCACCGCACGUGGUGCACAGCGACACCGUGGCGCUCACCACGGCCGAGUGUAUCAACGCAGACGACGAAGAGAUCAUAUUCACCAGGGCAGCACACAAAAACGGCACCGCCUUCUCAUAGCAAUGCCAAUAAGCGUGAGAGGGUACCGUCAUAUAACGUUCAGGGCACAACCCCCGAAUGGAUGAAAUUAUGAAUUUACACGAUCGAAAUUAUUUACUAAUAUUGGUCUCAUUGAAUAACAAUCUGUCUCCAAUAUUUAUGUGUAAACGUCUUGUUGAUUGUGUCGAUUAAAAUAUGUUGUGAAUGCAAACCGAAUGGGGUUUUAUGAUUGAGUGAUGGAAAAUCAAAUAUAUAUUAUUGGCUGUACACACAUAUGGCCGAUAGGAAAUUUUAAAUGAAUGUAUCCUGAUGUGUGAUUCAGUGUGAUAUUCAAGUACAUUGAUUACUUAUUGAAAAAUCGUUGAAAGCACAAAAUAAUGGAAGUAAACUUAGAUUACCUACUUACGUGUAAGGAAAAUACAUAGCUCCGAUCUCAAAGCGAUCGUGUCCACGUGUCAAUUAACAAGUUUAUUUAUUUUCUUGUUUCAAAAUAAUAUUCUAUGACACACUAAGAGUGAGGUAUCACAAAUGUUCUAUGUGCCAACGAUUGAAACCACUAUUAUGCAAUAUAGAGAAAAAUAUUGCGAGGUACCUAUGUAUAAAUAUAAGAGUAUUCGUAAUCAUUGUGUCUUUGUGAAAAAUGUCUGAAUUUACCAAAAUAUAUUUAAGAAAAUGAGUGUUUAAAAGUGCUGUUAAAGUUGAAUGGAUAUUUUCGUGUUGUAUGAAUUGUUUUGUGUUGUUCUGAUGCACUUUUGAAUAAUUUGUUUCACCUAUAUCUUGGUACUUAUUUACGGUUUACUUAAAUUGUUUGUUAUUAAAACAAUAAAAGCACGGUGAUUCUGGAUGUACCUGAGUAUUGUAAAAUUAUGAUAUUUGCAUAGUAGCACUAACAUACUUACAAAUGCACUGAUUAUUGUAAUAUAAACUGCGGAACAGAAACAAUUUUAAUUUUUACAGUAUCAUUUUAAAGUUGCUUUUUCUUUAAUAGUCAUAAAAUUGUAUUACCGUUUGGUUGGUAUAAUGUAUUAUUUCGGAAUGAGAUCGAAUAAUAUUGAUACGGGUCGGUGUUAAAUGUUCGCUAGUGAAAUCGAAUUCUUAUGAAAAAUUGCUGAUACAUUUUGUAUACAAGAUACUAAAUAGAUACUUGAAUAUAACAAAUAGAUUCGUGAUGUACAGUGACUUUUAGAAAUGUUAAAGUACAAUUAGAUCUCAAAUCGAUGUUAUUAUUGUGAUUUUUGUAAAGAAAUGGGCAGCUGAGUUAUAUUUUUGUCAGUGUCUAAAUUUAUUUGCUUUUCGUGUUCGCUGUCUAGUUAUUGUGUAUGUAUAUAUUAUUGAAACGAAUCGCCAAAUGAACUAAAUUGAGAAAUAAUUAGGUCCAGGUAAUAUUGCUUCGGAUGCAUUCUUUUUAGCAAUUUUUAGAAAUUUAAAUCUAGAGAGCAUGCUCUUUAAAGAAAUUCUAGAAUAGUUAGAUUUGAGCAUAAUUUAUCGAAAUAGGGGUGGUAAAAUACAGUUUUUUAUUCCCAGAUGUAAUUUGUGUUCAGCAUGCCCUUUAUAGUCUAUGUCUUAACAUUAUUGUUUUAAACAUAAUGUCGUGUCAACGUAGCGUAAGAUUAGUAAUGCUAGUGAUGUAUUUAUAUUUUACUUAUAAAACUUUGUUUAAAAACAUCGAUAUUUGUGUUCUAUUAAAAAAAUAUUGGAAUAAAGCGU